CGACCGGCCCGGGCUCCGGAGAGGCGCCGUUUGCCGGUUCCCGGAGCCGCCCUGUUGCCGCCGCCUCCUUCCUCCGCUCGCGGUGAGCCCGUCAGUCCCCGCACUGUGCUCGCCUCCGUCUGGGCCAUGGAUGGUGUUGUUACAGAUCUUAUAGCAGUCGGUUUAAAGCGGGGGUCUGAUGAGCUUCUUUCUUCUGGCAUCAUUAACGGACCUUUUACCAUGAACAAUUCCACUCCUUCUGCAGGUGUAUACGCUAAUGGGAAUGACAACAAGAAAUUUAAAGGAGAUAGACCUCUCUGUUCACCUUCCCGUGUUCUCCAUCUUCGCAAAAUUCCAAGUGAUGUCACCGAAGCAGAGGUCAUAUCAUUAGGUCUACCGUUUGGCAAAGUAACUAAUCUUUUGAUGUUGAAAGGAAAAAGCCAGGCUUUCUUAGAAAUGGCUUCUGAGGAAGCUGCUGUUACUAUGGUGAAUUAUUACACUCCUGUUACUCCUCACCUUCGAAGCCAGCCUGUUUUUAUUCAGUAUUCCAAUCACAGAGAACUUAAGACUGACAAUCUGCCUAAUCAAGCUAGAGCCCAAGCUGCACUGCAGGCUGUCAGUGCGGUCCAGUCAGGAAGUCUGGCCCUUCCUGGAGCGCCUACCAGUGAAGGCACAUUCCUACCUGGGCAGAGCCCUGUGCUCCGAAUAAUUAUUGAAAACCUCUUUUAUCCUGUUACCCUGGAAGUUCUUCAUCAGAUAUUUUCUAAAUUUGGCACAGUCUUAAAGAUUAUCACCUUUACAAAGAAUAAUCAGUUUCAAGCCUUGCUUCAGUAUGCUGACCCAUUGAAUGCACAUUAUGCCAAAAUGGCUCUGGAUGGCCAGAAUAUCUAUAAUGCAUGCUGCACUCUGCGUAUUGACUUCUCCAAGCUCACCAGCCUUAAUGUGAAAUAUAAUAAUGACAAAAGCAGAGACUUCACUCGCUUAGACCUUCCCACUGGUGAUGGCCAGCCAUCCCUUGAACCCCCUAUGGCUGCUGCUUUUGGUGCACCAGGAAUCAUUUCCUCACCAUAUGCAGGGGCUGCUGGAUUUGCCCCCGCUAUUGGAUUUCCUCAAGCUACAGGUCUGUCAGUCCCAGCUGGACUAGGUCCCGGAGCGCUCGGUCCCCUCGCAAUCACCUCCUCCGCUGUCACUGGAAGGAUGGCCAUUCCUGGGACUGGUGGUAUGCCAGGAAAUUCCGUUCUGCUUGUCACCAAUCUUAAUCCUGAUCUUAUCACACCACAUGGACUUUUUAUACUAUUUGGAGUAUAUGGUGAUGUACAUCGAGUGAAGAUAAUGUUUAAUAAGAAAGAAAACGCAUUGGUUCAGAUGGCAGAUGCAAAUCAAGCUCAACUAGCAAUGAAUCAUCUGAGCGGUCAAAGACUUUAUGGGAAAGUGCUUCGUGCUACACUGUCCAAGCAUCAAGCAGUUCAGCUUCCUCGAGAGGGACAAGAAGACCAAGGUCUGACUAAGGAUUUUAGCAAUAGUCCUUUGCAUCGCUUUAAAAAACCUGGCUCUAAAAACUUCCAGAAUAUUUUUCCUCCGUCAGCUACUCUGCAUCUUUCCAACAUCCCCCCCUCUGUUACAGUAGAUGACCUGAAGAAUCUUUUCACAGAAGCUGGAUGUUCAGUGAAGGCUUUUAAAUUCUUCCAGAAAGAUCGCAAAAUGGCACUCAUUCAGUUGGGAUCUGUGGAAGAAGCAAUCCAGGCCCUCAUUGAGCUUCAUAACCAUGACCUUGGAGAAAAUCAUCACCUCAGAGUUUCCUUCUCAAAAUCUACAAUCUGACUUUUCUUUGAAUUUUUCUCCUAAGACUGGACCAUAAUUUCAGUAAAACCUUCAGACAUAGACUGAAGCAGCUCAAGACCAAUUCUGCCUCUCUUUCAAAAAUAACUCUUUCUGACUUUGAUGUUAAAGUAUAUUAAAAAAAUCAAGGGAUGUUCUCUUUUCCCAUUUCUCCCCUCUGCCAGUACGUCAUCAGAGGCGUGUUUUUCCUUUGUACCAUUGUUUCUAAAAAUGAAAAUAAUCUUCAGGAAAAAAUUUUUUUCCAAUAAUUAAUUCCCUGUAUUAAAUUGAAUUUCAAGAGGACAGACUUUCUUUUAAUUUGGGUCCAGAUCAGCCUUAUACAACAUUUCUAAACUCCUUUGUACUUUGAAAAAUUUAAACAUACAGACUUUUAAAAUUACUUGACAUAAGUAAUUUAAAUGACCUACAACCAAGUUUUUAACUUUAUGAUUCAGAAGUUUGAGUCCUGUAGGAAACUAUGUUCUCUUAUAAGUUAUAACAGUUAUUUGGCAUAUAUUGAUACUUAUUAUACAUAAAUGGGAUUGUAUUGGAAGCAAAUUGAUAAACUUGCAUGUUUUCUUUCAAUUAUUUUUUUCCCACUGUAAGACACUCCUUUGCAUAUCUUUAACUUUUUAAAACUAUUUGGAGAAUGAAAUGUCUCAACUGUCUCCAGGGAAAUUAUGUGGAAUCCAACCAGGAUCUAUUAAGGGUCAGAAUAAUUCAUUUUAUUUGGGAAAAUCAUGGUUUAAAUUUCACAAUGACAGUUGCCUAGUAAUAUGAUCUUGGAAAAUUUAAAAAGAAAAAUAAUCCUACUUAUAAACUACUUUUUUACAGUUGUUUUCAGAAAAAAAAAGUUUACAGUCUUAAAGGAAAAUAUUCAGGUCUAUCAUAUGGUUUGACAGAUUUUUUAAAAGUUAUUUUUGGUAAAGUCUUCUUUUAGAAAAAAAAUUAAUCUCAAGGGUUUUUUGUACCACUAUAAUCUCUAAUACUUAUUCAGAAUUACUGUGUAUUUACUUAAUUUCCUAUUAUGUGCCUUAUUAUGUGCUUAUGAUAUAAUAGGUUAGAGUUUUAUCUAAGUAUCUUAAAAGCUAUAUUGUCGGCUUGGUGAGCAUUUGUUUUUUCUUUCCUUGUUUUGGCAAGAAUUUUAAAGUGUUUUUUUUUUUUAAUUGCAAUUUUAAGUGAUUUUUCAAGACGUAAUAGUUUCUAUUCAAAUUUUUGGUGCUUUGGUGUAGAGGUGGGGUGGGGAAGGGUUAAAUGGUUUUGGGAAUAACUCAGUGCACACCUGUAGGCCUCUUCAUAUUGUGACCAGCAGUGGUCAUUGCGGUUAUAGCAUACCAGUUGGGGGCUAUAAAAUGCAGUCUCCGUUUCUGGAUCUUGUCUAAUCUUUAUCCAUUAGAAUUUGUCUCAGGAUUGCUUGGUUUUUGUCAUAUACUCAAGUGAGAACUUGCUUUUCUUGGUUAAUGAAGCUCAGUACUGAGUGAGUGCCCACAUAGGUGGUGUAUGAGGAGUGGGUUCUUUCUCAUACUCUGUCCCUCUCUCUCUUCAGUUGAAUGUAAGCAUACAUUUUAAUGUUGUUUCAGUGACUGUAUAAUGUAAAAUUGUUUCUUUUAAAUUAGAUACUUUGCAUUGAUUACUUAUUCCUUCAGUGCUUGAGUAGAUUUUUUAAAGCAGAAUUUGUUAAAAGGGUCGUUUUUGUCUAUUCCUUUUUCACUUUUCUCAGAUUCUCAGAGUGGCUCAUCUCACCUUUUAGAAGAAUAUCUCAAUCUCUUAUUGUAUUCCAGCCAUUAAAUUAAACAGGCAAGUUUUAACAAAAACAAUUUUGCAAAAAUAUUCGGAGAAUACAAAAGACAUUCUGGAUUGUUCAAAAGCAAAAUUCCCUCAACGCUGAGCAACAAUUAGUCGGUAGAAAAUGAAGGACACUAAAUUGAGACCUUUUGAAUGGAUCAGUUUUAGUAUUGGCUGAUAGAUAUAAUCAUUUAUCUAGUUUUUUUUUUUUUUUUUCACAUAUAAAAUAUAUUUUUACCAAAACACUGAGUAAGAGGGAAGGGAGAAAAACCAAUUUCUUUAAGAAAUCACUCCAAGUUUGCUUCAUUUUUUCCUUCUUUACAAGCACUAUUGUAAUUUUCAGUUAUAUUUUAAAUUGGAAUUUUUUUUCUUUUUGAGUUAGGAAUUACUGUGUACUUUCAAUGCAUGAUUCUCAUAACAUUCAGUGUAAGUGUAGCAGAAGUGUAGCAGAAGGGAGAUCAUAAAUGGUGUUGAAUGUAAUUUUGAAGUAGGAAAUGGCCUUUAUAUUUGAGAGAGAACAUUUGAAUCCUUUUCAGGGCUUUGUGUGUGUGUGUGUGUGUGUGUGUGUAUAGAUGAGUGUAUAUACAUACAUACACUCCUCUAAUGUUGUACAUACAUAUGUACAUUACAUACAUCUUAAAUUAUUGACCAAAUACAUUAAUCAAAUUAAGAUUUGGAAAAGUGAGAUAUUCUUAUUUAAAAUAGUAUGUUCAAAACCAUCAAUUUGUGUCUAAAAUUAGCUGUAGCACAUGGAUGUUGUCCAUAUUGGGCUCUUUGCUCUUUGAAUUAUAGAGGUCUACAGUAUUUGUGUUGACAUAGUUUCUGUAAAAAGAUUUAAAAAUAUCAGGGCAGUGAAAAAACUAGAUCUUUGUAUUUUUUGUUUUGGCAUGCAGUUAGUUGAUACCUGCUAAGCAGUGUUUUGUUGUUGUUGAGCUGUCAUAGUAUCCUAUUUUAAAGUUUAUUUACUUUAUUUCCAGGAGAAUUGUCUUAUUUUUGGAGGUGUCUGACUUUGACACAAAUUAUAUAUAUUCAGGACUUUUAAAAAUAGCAGUACAAAAUGAAUAACCAACAAAAACCCAUAGUAUGAAACUCUGAAAAAAAAAAUAGCAGUACACAUUAAAUGGUAGCAAUUUAUGCCAAAAAGUUUUACUUUGAGAUUUAAAUAACUUGCAUAGUAGUAAAUUGUGUUUUGUGUGAGAUACAAAUAGGAAAAUAAGCUUAAUAAUUUGAUAACUGACUGGAAAGUAUCAGAAUUGCCCAGUAGUUCCUACAGAAUGCAGUAAAUUCUUUGUUUAAGGCUAAGUUGUGAUGUUACUUGCAGUAAUGUUUCUGAUUUUGUUGUUGAAAGUUGGCAAAUCUCACAGUUUUUAGAGACACAGUUUUUGCCUGCCUGAUUCCUUAUGGAAGCAGUGUUUCUUUGGCUCCACCUAGUAUGGUCAUCAUAGGUUCUGCUUCAGUUGAUUAGAAGUAGUGCCCAUGAAUGUCUCUGUUCAGUUUUAUAUAAACUUUUGGAAACUUCCAUGUUAUUAAGCAGGCAGGUUAUGCACUGAUUGUAUUAUCAUGUAAUUCCCCUUCUGUUCCCACUAAAUAUUUUUUGGACGAAAGAUGACAAGCUCAGAAGUAUGUGUCCCCUGCCCGCAGUGAGUCACUUAAAAACCCUGUUUGCCAAAUUGUCAGGCUGUCUCUUAGAAAAACUAGUGUGCACUGCUAUUUUUAAAACCAAAAAGACAGCAUGACUAUGGGUAAAAGCGUUCUUAACCUUUCCUUUGUCUUGAUCUGUUAUUAACAAGAAUAAAACUGCCAGAUUUAAAAUAAUCUACUAUUGUGCUAAAAAGAAAUACCAUUAGAUUGCACAAAGCUUUUCCCUUAAAGAAAAUGUAAUUCAGCUGUGUUACUAUCUAGAAGACUAUUUGCAGUCUUUUUUCAGAGCAAAUUUUAACAGCUAGUUGUGAAUGGUUUAAAAAAUAGAAAAUUACUAAAAUAUCAGUUUGGGGGGUUUUAUAGAGAGAGAAGAACGAAAGAAACAGGACCAAAGUGUAUGUGCCUUCUUCAGUAGUCUUAAUUGAUCUUUCUUCCUAUUUGAGGUUUAGGUGGUAGUAUCAACAUUCUGGUUUUCAGGAAAUGCAUACUAUAUAAUUUUAAAAGAAUGUUAUCCCACAGACCAUUCUUUCAAGGAAACAGUUGUAACUGUAAAAUGAAUUCUCAGUUAUGCUUUUUGCCUUCCUCACAUAAUAUUCAUAGCAUGUGCAGGUCCAAGAACAGAGCUGCUCGGAGUCUUUGUGGUAGUCAUCUUCAUUUCUGUAACCUGAGGCAUGUGUUCCAGAGAACAGGGGUAUUUUUCUGGCCCAGUGACCUUGGUGAUAAUAGUCAUGGUUGAAAGCUGCUUAUGGCAAGCUGAAAUCAGCACUGUAAACAGAUCUUUGUUGUUGUUUUUAGGUUAUUUUUUAGUUCUUGAAUCUGUGUAGUAGUUGUAAUAAUAAAUAUUUAAAUAACUAUUUUUGAUGUCAUUUAAAAAAUCAUACUCUGGCCUUUUUUCCCUUUACCAUUGAUACCCAGAUCUUUAAAAAAAUUCAUCCCACAUCCAAAAAGUACUAAUUAUAAAGAUUGCUAACCAAGCAGAGUUUUGCAUCAAAAUGUCACCUCAUUGCUCUGACCAAAGACUGACUGUUCUGGUUUUGACUCCUUUCUGUUAAGCAUUUUUUCCCAAGCUCCUUUCUGAAAGAAGACCCAGUGCAAAGCGGCCUUUACUUUCUAUUUCCUAUCGGUGAAUAGACUACUUAGAGAAAAUGGGAGUUUAAAUGUGAACAGAAUGGAUUAGAUGAUAAGGGUUCGAUGGGCAUUUUCAGUACUGUAUUUAAGAAAAAAAAAAAAAUAGCACAGCUAGGAGCCUCUGACAUUGUCUCGUGUUUUAUGUGGUCUGUUCAUAAAAUUCCCUUUUUCAGUUUAUAAGAAUGUUCAUCUAACAGAAGUAAAUGCUGUAAAUAUUUGUAACAACAUUUUUUUAAACCAGGCCAAAAAAGGGGGGGGAAAGCGGUUUUAGGGAACAAGUUGACAUAUAAAGUGGUUUUAUAUAAAACAUCAAUUGUCUUGUAUAUUUUGAUAAGCUGCAGUACCAGCUUUCAUUUGUAACACAGUUUGUGGCUUUGGAAGAAAAGGAUUCUGUGAUUGUUGAAGUGAAUCAUGUUAUAAAUGCAAAGAGACGAUAAAAUAUUAAAAAACAUAUUUUCUAA